AUGGACAGCCAGCGUGCCGGCUGCAGGAAAAUGACCCGCUUCGCUCUGACCGUCAUCCGACAUGGAGAAACCAGGUUGAACAAGGAGAAAAUACUUCAAGGACAAGGAGUAGAUGAGCCUCUUUCAGAAACUGGAUUUAAUCAAGCAGAAGCUGCUGGUAUCUUUCUCAGCAAUGUGAAAUUUACCCAUUUAUUCUCCAGUGACCUCACGAGGACAAAGCAGACCAUGCAGGGGAUUUUGGAGAAAAAUAAAUUUUCCAAGAAUAUGACAGUAGUGCAUGAUUCAAGACUUCGAGAAAGGAAUUAUGGAGCUGCAGAAGGCAGACCAUUGACUGAUCUAAGAACAAUGGCCAGAGCAGCUGGGGAAGAAGUUCCCAAAUUCACACCCCCCGGGGGAGAGACCUUAAAUGAGGUGAAAAUGCGUGGAAAAGACUUUUUUGAAUUUCUCUGUCAACUGAUCUUGAAGGAAGCAAGUCAGAAAGAACUGUCUUCCAAGGAAGCACUGGACAACUCUCUGGAAACGUCUCUGGCAGAAGUAUUUCCUUUAGGAAAAAACUAUGGCUCUAAACUGAAUUCAGAUGGCAGUGCCCCAGAAUUAGUAGCCAGUGUCUUAGUUGUGAGCCAUGGAGCUUAUAUGAGAAGCCUUUUUGGUUAUUUUCUAGGUGACCUUCAGUGUACCCUGCCAACAACCAUAAGCAAAUCUGAACUUGCAUCAGUUAGCCCCAACACGGGGAUGAAUCUCUUCAUCGUCAGCUUUGAGGAGGGGAAAAAAGUUAAGCCAACACUUCAGUGUAUUUGCAUGAACCUGCAGGAUCAUCUACGUGGAAUGACUGACACACGUUAA